AUGGUCGGAAGAAUAUAUGCAGUAAAUCCAAAUGAAGGAGACAAAUAUUAUUUAUGUCUACUUCUAAACCAUGUAAAAGGAGCUACCUCCUUUGUUGACCUAAAGAAAGUUAGAGGCCAUUUGUUCACAACUUUUCAAGAAAAAAAUAAAGAAUCAUUACAAACUCUUAUAGAAUAUAUUUAUCCAAACAUAACAAACCAUAAUCUAGAUAUUUCACACUUAACUGAUUGCGCAAUUCUUAUUACUAAAAAUGAAUAUGUUGAUCAAAUUAAUCAAAUAAUCUUGAACCAAACACCUGAAGACAUGCUAAUAUACAAAAGUUACGAUUCUGUUCCAGAUGAUAUUCAUGAACUUUAUCAACAAGAAUUUCUUAGUUCUAUAACACCAAACGGUCUCCCUUCUCAUAAACUACAUCUGAAAAUAG